AUGUCAGUUAAAGUAUUUAACAGCACAGAAGAAAUGACGAUGAAGCAUAGAAGAUUUCAAUUGCAGUGCUACAAAUCAGGCAUUGUAGAUAAGACAUGUCUCUUAAAACCAGACAACGGUCCUUGUCGUGCCGGGAUUCCCAUGUAUUACUUUGAACCCUCAACACAAAAUUGUUCGAUGUUCUUCUGGGGUGGCUGUCAAGGUAAUGGGAAUAGGUUUGAUACGAAGCAAGAAUGUCUGACGACAUGCCUCAGUCAACCCGGAGAUACAAAAAGAAAACCAAAGUGGUGCAGUCUGAAUUUUGACUACGGUUUUUGUUUUGGAGCUAUUAAGAGAUGGUACUACGAUCCAAUUUGGAAAGUCUGCAAGAAAAGGAUUUAUUCUGGUUGUGGUGGAAACAAAAACAAUUUUUACAAUAAGGAACAGUGUGAUGCAAUUUGCAAUUACGGUAUUGGCGUUAUAACAUCUCAAACGAAGAGUCUAGAUCGUUCUAGAAAAGUCCUAAUUGUGAAUCCUUUUAAUGCAACAACAAAGAAAUCAAAAACACGGAAAACUACUACAGCACCUACGACGACGGUAAUAUUGAACACAGAGGAAACUGUUGUUGUUACCGGUUAA